CCCCCAGUACCCUCUGCGCCCCCCCUUCCACAGGACAGCCCCUGGGGAAAUGAUCGCGGCUUGUUUGCGUGUGUAGACUGAACGACUGCUUUUCUCUCUGGGUCACACCCGCUUUGGGGUGAUUGUGACGUGGAGGACCACGGGAGAUGGUGAGGUGUUAACAUCUGAAAAGACGCUGCUGGUACACUUAGAGGCAUAUUCAAGAGCCAGCUGUUAUUUCUUCUCACAAACUCACCUGAGAAAGAAAAAUAGAAGAAAUGGCAGGUUCUCAGGAACUGCUGACAUUCAGGGAUGUGGCCAUAGAAUUCUCUGCAGAGGAGUGGGAGUGCCUGAACCAGGCUCAGCGGGAUUUGUACAGGGAUGUGAUGUUAGAGAACUAUGGACAUCUAGUUUUCUUGGAUCUAACUCUAUCUAAGUCAGAUCAGAUCACAUUUUUGGAGCUACAGGUGAAUCCAUGGGCUGAGAAGAGAAAGAAGAAGUUACCCAUUCUUCAAAAUAUAUCUUCAUAUGACACCCAAGAAUUUCCUCCAAAAUCAUCUAUAGAAAAUUCAUACCCAGAAGAACUUUGGAGAAGACAUGACUACCCUGGCACUGAAAACUUCCACUUGGUGAAAGACAUAAAAAGUGACAAGGAUUGUAAUGGGCAGGAAGAGUUAUUUUAUAAUGAAAAUACACAAACCGGGAUAACCCCCUAUAAUAACAUUACUAUAAAAAGAGACCCAGACUACAGAGAAUCUUAUGAAAAUCCCCACUUGAAGUUAGUUACAUUUCCAGAGAACCAUUCUGAAUGGGAAAACUGUGGGAAAGUCUCUUAUCAAAUUUUAAAUCAUUUUAUACAGAAGAAAAUUCAUAUUGGAGAGAAGUCUUAUGACUACAGUGAAUAUGGUGAAGCUUGCAUUCAGCCUUCCAAACUUACUCACCAUGAAGGAAUCAGUUUAGAAAAGCAACAAUGCAGAUGUUACAUAUGUGGGAAAGGUUUUUAUAGAUCAGUAGAUCUGAAUGACAAAAUUAAUGAUGAAGAGAAACCAUACAAAUGUCAGAAUUGUGGUAAAACCUUUAGCCAGUUCUCAUACCUUACUCGACAUCAAAGAAUUCACACAGGAGAGAAACCAUACAAGUGUAGUGAUUGUGGGAGAGCCUUUAACAGACGCUUCAAUCUUACUCAACAUCAAAGAAUUCACACUGGAGAGAAGCCCUACAAGUGUAAAGAUUGUGGCAAAGCCUUCAUUCAGUGUUCUUCCCUUACUCAGCAUCAAAGAAUUCAUACUGGAGAGAAGCCUUACAAGUGCAAGGUUUGUGGUAAAACCUUUAAUCAGUGCUCUUCCCUCACUCAACACCAGAGGAUUCAUUAUUGGAGAAACCCUCUACUCAUGUUAAAGAGCUGAUAAAUCUCUCGGUAUUUCUCAAGCUUUAUUCACCUUAACAGAAUUCAUACUGGAGAGAAACCAUUCAAAGAAUGUGGUGGGAGGUCUUUUGCUAAAAAUGGAACUUCAAUUAGUCUGACAGCUCAUAAUGGACAGAACUACAAAUGCAAGACUGGUAAAAUUUACCAGAUGUUGAAGACUUACUCAACAUCAAUAUAUUCAUGUUGGAUAGAAACCUUACAAAUGAGAGACCAGGCAGUGGUGCACCUGGUUAAUUGCACACAUUACAGUGCACAAGGACCCAAGUUCAAGCCCCUAGUCCCCGCCUACAGGGGGAAAGCUUCAUAAGUGGUGAAGCAGGGCUGCAGGUGUGCCUCUAUCUUACCCUUUCUUCUCAAUUUCUAUCUCUAUCCUGUAAUAAGUAAUUUUUUAAAAAUCAUUUUAAAAAAAACCUUACAAAUGAAACAAAUAUGGUAAACCCUUUGUCUUCAACUCAAGCCUUAUUAAUAUCAAAUAAUACAUUCUGAUAAGUCAUACAAAUAUAAAAAAAUUGGGGAAACAGCCUAUAAUGUUGCUAAGCUGAACUUAUCAAAUGAUUCACAUUUGUGGCAACUAAGACAAUAAAAUCAUUGUCCAACUCAAAAUUUA